UCCAAAGAAUCAUCAUCAUUACUGUCUAUCAGUAUCUGCUUUAUCCUGGUCAGGAUUUGGUUUUGGAGCUGGGAGGAAAUGCGAGAACCCGACAGAAACCCACGUGAACAUGAGAAGAACAUGCAGAACCCCAGACAGACACUAACCCGAGCUCAGGGUCGAACCGAGAACCGUGGAACUGCUCCCCGACAUGUCGUUUGAUCGGAAAAAUACUCGUUUUUCAUUUUUGUGAACAAUUUUGCACGUUAUAUAUAUUCUCCAAAAUGACUCUAAAGAGCAUAGAGAGCAAAUCUUUCUGUCUCGUUAUGUCACAAAUAUGACAGAAUCAUGGCUCGAUCGUUAAACUCGAGUCCUAACUCAAGACUCAAGUCUAACACCAUGUUCAGUCCAUGAAGGUUUUGAUUAUUAGAGUUGGAUCAGGUGUCUUAUAUGAGGAGAAUGGUUAUGGUUAGGGAACGACUGUUUUAUUGCUGCUGUAAUGUAAGUGAAUACAGGAACUAGCUUGAUUUGUGGAUAUAUAUGUAUACUAGUGUCGUUCAAAAGAAUUAGUAUUUUUUGAAAUUUUCUGCAGUAUAAGAGUUAUAAAACACUUGGGGGCAUGCUGUUAUAGGAAAAUGAUCAACAACAGGAGGGUGUGAUGCAGCGGAGUUACUGUUACCACCACAAAGUUGGUUAUUUACCUAUAACAGCAUGCCCUCAAGUGUUUUAUUCUUUACUUGUUGAUGAUUAGCGUCAUAGAGCUUAUACUGGAAAAGAUUUAUUUGUGUGUUAAAUCUUUGAACGUGAUUUGUUAUUCAGAAUAUAACAAUGCAUUGUUUUUUUCCUUCUUUUUAUUCUAGUGAUAUCCGUGACAAGCUGCGGAAGAAACGCCGGGCACUGCAGGAGUCUUUGGUGAAAGUGCGGGAUGACACGCAGGCUCUGGUUCCCCCUGACUCCGGUACCACUAAGGAGAAUGAUCACACCAUGGUGGAGGAACUGACCGGCAGAGUGGAGGACCCGGGUGAAUCCCUGCGGCACUCUCUGAAAGCACAGAGAAUGAAGAAGAAAAAGAAGCUGUUGAAAGAGAUGGCGGUGGAGGUUCCUCCAGAGGACGAGGCGGUGGAGGAGGUGGUCACGGUCGUGCAGGAGUUGCAGGAGGAGCAUCUAGAAGAUGCGUGGGCUGAGCGAGAUCGCUCGGCUCGAGUACACAGAGGCCUCCCUCCUCUCCCCGUUUUGAGGGCCGACUCCAGUCUGUCAGAGAGCUCCGUGAGGCAGCGUAUGAGGGAGAAGCUGAGAGAGGCCAGGUCUAAAGCUGCGAGUCUGUUGGAGCAGGAGGCUUCGCUGGAGCCGGCCAGUCGUCUGAAGAGCCUCAGAGACAGAGUCACGCUGACCAGAUUCGACCAGGAAUCGGACGACAUUCUCGGCCAGGGUGACGCUUCCCUCGCAGCCAGGGUGAAAUUCCGGGACGCUGCCAGACGCGUCGCAAGAGACAAAAGGACAGAAAGCAGUUUGCCCACCGCUGAAGAAGCGUACAACUUCUUCACCUUCAACUUUGACCCUGAACCUGAACCUGAAGAACGUCACCCCAAGGUCGAAACAAAGAAAGAAGCGAGGGAACGGGAAGACGGAAGAGGGGAGGAGGAGGAGGAAGAGCACGAAGCUGAGAAGGAAGGAGAGGAGGAGACCACAGAUAGGGAUGAAGACGCCCCGCUGGUCGGAGAUGGAGAAGAGGAUCUGUUCGUUAUUCAGUCGGCUCAGGACUUCCUGGAAGUGAAGAAGGCUGAGUAUGUUGAGUACAGCAGCCGCGUUGAAAGAGAGAACGAGCUUCUCUUCAUCCCCAGUAUGAGGCCCGUGCCUGCUUCUAGUAAGCUCCCGGAGAAUGUGCGUCCCCGUUACCUGGAGGAGGAGGGUCUUUAUGUAGGGGAGAGACCAUACGUCUCCCUGACCAAUCAGAACAUUCUGGAAAACCGCGUCAUGAAGCAAGAUCAGGGUAUGAGGUGGUUUGGUGAUGAUGGGCGGAUCAUGGCUCUGCCUAAUCCAAUCAAAGAGUCCUCGUCAAGACCGCCCCUUUUCCAUCUGGAGGAGGAGCUAGAUCCGGCACUACAGACUGUCUACAGAAAGGCGCUGAAAUCCAAGCGCGUCAACCGCUACAUGGCGGGAGUCGGAGACCCGGACGGAGACUACCAGCUGGACGUCGAUGUAUCCGGGCUCAUAUUUUCCCACCAUCCUCUGUUCAGCAGGGAGCAUGUGCUGGGGGCUCGGCUGGCCCAGCUGUACGACCAGUACCUCAGCAGACGGCAUAAAAACUUCGCCUGUCUCCUGACAGAUAAGUUGAACGGGUUGAGAAACGCGAUUCACAAUAUGCUGGAGUUGCAUACAGGAGAAGGCCUUAGUCUGAUGAGUCAGCAAAUAAUUCUGGACUACAAACAGGAAAUAAGGCACACUCGUCAGCUCCGUGACUUAGAGCAAGAAAGGGACCGAACUCUGCUGAAGAGCAUCGUCAAAGUCUGGAAAGAGCUCAAAGCACUGCGGGAAUUCCAGGGCUUCACCAACACACCCUACAAACUCUACAUCAGGAAAGAGGAGGUGGAGCGAGGACGCGACGAACGAGAACACGAGGCGGAGAUCUUAGCCGAGGUGGCCGAGCUGCAGACAGAGCUUGCAGAGGAUUAUGAGAGGAAGAUGGUUGAGUACCGGAGACAUCUGGAGGAAUGGAGGUCCUGGAGGAGGAAACAGAAAGCCGUAAAGAAGAAGAGAAGACAGCAGUCGCAAGGCGAGGCACAGGAAGAAGAGGACGAGCACAGCGAGGAAGAGCUGGGAGAGGCGCGAGCGAAACCAGAACCUCCAGAAAAACCUGACAUGGCCGGUUUGGAGCAGCAGGUUCGAGUGAAAGCUGCGAAGAUCCGCAGGAAACCUGGAGAAUCAGUUUUGGUUCCAGAACUUACUGUUUCCGGCCCGGUCACUCCUAAUGAGCAGUGUCCACGAGGUGAAUUUGCACGGAGGGAGGACGUAGCAAAGCACUCUCUCUUCAUUAAAGUGCUUUACAACAACAAAGAAGUUUCCAGAACAGACAGUCGCUCGCUCAGUAUGGACUUCCGGGUUCACUUCGGCCAGAUGUUCAACCUGAAGAUUGUGAACUGGCCCGAGAGCAUCAAGCUGCAGAUAUAUGAGCGCGCUGGAUCAUCCACCAAUCUGUUGGCGGAGGCGUGCGUACCGGUUCCGGAAACUUCCGUCUUAACAGGAAGUGCUUCAUCUGAAGAGAUGGAGUUCAGCAGCAACCAGAGGGUCGCGUUUAACCAUGAGGGUGUCGGCAGUGACGUGCCGUUCUCAUUCAUGGCUGACGGCAGUAACAAGCAGACGCUGCUGACUUCAGGGAAGCUGUCCUGCUGUGUGUCGUGGGCUGUAGGAGAGGUUGACCUUCCCCUGGCUCCGGCCUCUGGGCAGCCUGGCGCAGGUAUACACAGUGGUCUGAGACAGAUGGAUGCUAUAGCGUGCAUCGGGGCGUCUGGACUAAACGACAUGAAGAAGCUGGGGAAAUGGGCAGCUGAAUCUCGCCUCGACCCCAACGACCCCAACAACUCCUCCAUAAUGCAGCUGCUUUCAGUGGCGAGUGGAGGUGAGAUAGCAGUUCCGGAUUAUUUCCGACUGGAGCAGCUGCAGGAGGAGUUUAACUUCCUGUCUGAAGAGGAGCUGGAGCGCUCGCGCCGCUUUCGCCUGCUCCGGCUGAGGAGCCAGGAGGUGGCCGAGUUCCGCCAUUUUAAAUCCGUGCCUUCCACCGAGAGAGAGAUCCCGGAGAAAGUGUUUGAGGAUUAUGAGCGCAGGCUGAAGGAAGGAGAGCUAGUUGACACCAAGGAGCACAUGGACGCACACAGAGCUCUGGCGGCCAAGUAUUUACAGAAAGUGCAGGAAUCCGUCAUUAACCGCUUCCUCAUAGCGAGGCAUCGUUACACUCUGUCGGAUUUGAUCGUGGAAGACGAGGUCCCGAGCAUCGGGAUUUUAGGCCUGAACCUGUUCAGGCUGGCCGAGCCCAAGCGUCCUCUGAAGCCUCGGAGAAAAGAGAGGAAGAAAGUGACGGCUCAGAACCUUUCGGACGGAGACAUCAGGCUGCUGCUGAACAUCAUCAGAGGCUACGACAUCCCCGUCCGGAAACCUCACGCCAGCAAACCUGCAGCGGCAUCUAAGAGCGCUCGCUCCUACGCUGAGCCGUUUACAUCGGCUCAGUCCUCUCAGGCUGUACUCCAGGCUAGCGAGUGGCCCCUCGGACAGCCCCAGAUCCGGCCCUUCGUCGAGGUCUCUUUUCAGCGUACGGUACUGCAGACGUCCACAGCCGAGGGGCCGAACCCCUGUUGGAACGAAGAACUGGUGCUGCCGUUCAGCGCUCCAAACGGAGAUUACAGCACGUCCAGCCUGCAGGCCGUCCGCGACGAGGUCUUCAUCAGCAUCUUCGACGAGAUCCUGUAUGACGAGGCGGACGAGGAUGAGAGAGAAAGAGGAAACAGUAUACACACACGCAUUGAGAGACACUGGCUGGGUUCCAUAAAGAUUCCUUUCAGCACAAUUUACCUUCAAUCACGGAUUGACGGGACGUUUAAGGUGGCCACGCCCCCGGUGUUGCUAGGCUACAGUAAAGAGCGGAGCCUAGGCAUCGAGGGCGGCUACGAUACAGUUCGGAGUCUAAGCGAAGGCACCUUCCUCACCCUCUUCAUCACCAUCGAACCGCAGCUGGUGCCUGGAGACACGGUCAGAGAAAAGUUUGACACGCAGGAAACAGAGCAUUUGCUGUCGGCGUGCGAGAGCUUCGAGAAGGACGCGGCGAAGAGGUUCCCGGACCGACCCUGUCUCACCACCGUGGUGGAUAUGAACGGCAAAACCGUCUUCGUCACACGCUUCGUCCGAGCGCUACGUCCUCCACAGGAGCUGCUGGACGCUUUUCCUAACAACCCCCAGGAGGCGACGGAGCUGGUCGCUCGAUACGUGUCUCUCGUUCCUUUUCUGCCGGACAGCGUGUCUUUCUCCGGCGUCUGCGAUUUAUGGAGCACCUGCGACCAAUUCCUGAUGCUGCUAGCCGGAGACGAGGAGGAGCACGCCGUCCUGCUCUGCAAUUACUUCCUGUCCAUGGGCAAAAAGGCAUGGCUUAUCAUAGGAACCGCCAUCCCUGAGGGGCCAACAGCGUACGUUCUGACCCAAGAACACAACCGCUACAUGAUCUGGAACCCCAGUACGGGUCAGUACUACGGACAAUACGACACGUUCUGCCCUCUACAGACCGUCGGCUGCCUGGUCAACGCAGAUAAUAACCAUGCAGGCGUGAUCAUUUUGAUCAUUUCUCUCCUGCAGGUGUGGUUUAAUAUCCAGACCUACGCCACUCCGACGAGGAUGUGGUUUGACGUCACCAAGCCGAAGUACUGGAAGCCGUUCUUCUCCAGAGCGUUCCCCGACCCUGGCCUCUCCAGCGUACAGCCUGAGGAGCUGGUGUACAGACGGACAGACAAGGCAGCUACAGCAGAGUUACAGGACAGGAUAGAAAAGGUGCUGAGGGAGAAGAUCAUGGAAUGGCGCCCGAGACACCCGACUCGCUGGAACCGGUACUGCACGUCCACGUUACGUCACUUCCUGCCCAAACUGGAACGGAGCGGAGGCCGCGAGGUCGCCGAGGAGCAUCGGCUCGAGCUGCAAAGCCUGCUGGGAGACUACAGGAUCUCCGGCUUUCCCCUGCACCUUCCGUUCUCUGAGAUUCGGCCGAUCAUCGAGGCCGUGCGCAGCACAGGCGUCCAUAGUGCCGAGGCUCCUAACGUGGAGUUUGCGCUGGCCGUGUACGUCCACCCUUACCCCAGUAAUGUACUCUCCGUGUGGGUUUAUAUCGCUUCGCUAGUCCGCACACGCUAGCUCUCACGACCCUACCCACAGAAAUGGAUGUAGCUUUUUCUUCCUUUUUUUUUUUAUAUGACAUUAUGACGUUUUUAAAUGGUCACUUCUUAUAGAUAGUCUGCUUAUAGGUUCAUUUUAUAUCUAUAUAAUUACAUUAGAUACCGUUACAGAAGAAUAUUUUGUGACCGUGUUUAUACUGAAGAUUUGUACUUGAAUCUCAAAUAUAUUUUUAAUAUCAGUGAUCAAGCUAUACAAGCACAACUUUUUAAAUUUUAUUUAUUUUUGUGUCAUAACACUAUCGAGCAGGAGUCAAGAGUCUAGUGAAGCUACCAGAGUAUUUGAAAUAAAAUACCGUAGUACUCGAUAGAAAGAAAAAAAACGAACGACUCUGGCAGUAGUUCCGCAACUUUAGUCUUCUAGUAGAAUCUAGUUUUUUUGUUGUUGUCGUUUUUAGUUUUUGAUUUGUGAACUGACAGCUUGUGAUGGCAAAAGCAGAAUGUUGAUUGACGCCCUCUUCAAGUUGUCUUAUUUUAUAGCAAUAAGCGAAUCGUUCCGAUUAACGUUUAAACAGAUCACGUAAACAGAUCAUUGUAGGUGAGGAAUCUUAUCCCUGCUUUGUGGAAAUGUAGAAACAUUUCUUUUUCUCGAUAACAGCCAGCCUGCAGUGUUGUUUUUAACCCUCGUUUAUCUGAGACAGGAAAAAUCUCAUUUGCUCACGUUUAUGAAAGCCACACUUCCUGUCUGGUGAUGUAUGUGGUUGAAAAACAUUUCCGUGUGAAAUGCU